UAUACCUGGUAAAAGUGUAUAACCUGGUUAAGUCAUUAUAAAUUAUUAUUUAUCAAUCAAAUUGCUGGGUUUAGGCGCUAGCAAUUAAGUGAUAAGCCUAUGCUAGUUUAUAAGUAUACAGUCUAGUUUCAUUUGCGUACAAAAUUAGCUUAAUUUUCAAUGGGAAUUAUCCACAGUUUUCUUUAUUCUAAUCAGCUGUUUGGUCGGUUAUGCGUAAAGUUUGGCGCUUCAGUACAGUUUACUGCACAAGGUCUAUAUAUAUGUGUCAGUGAGCCCUUAAACAUAGUUCGAGAAUUGUUAUCGUUAAAAUGGUUUUCAUAGUUUGGCUUUUUUACCUAAUUUCAAUAUGUUUAAUAAGAUCAAGUACAGCAUUAUUCGACUGUAUUGCACCACCAAUGGAGUGUCCAAAUGAAAACAUAACGUUCUGGCUGUAUACAAGAGAAAAUGAAGAUAAUCCACACCAAAUGUUCGCUAUGGACGCGGAUUCCAUAAAGUCAGCCCCAUGGGUUCCUGACGCACCGAUUAAGGUCCUGAUCCACGGCUAUACAGGACAUAAGGAUUUUUCACCCAACCCAGAAAUAAGACCAGUUUACAUGAAAUGCUGCGACUACAACAUAAUAACGGUGGACUACAACCCGAUAGCCCGAGAACCUUGCUACAUAGAAGCGGCUCGUAACACUGAGUUGGUAGGCAUGUGCACCGCCCAACUGAUCGACCAACUAGUCCAACAACAUGGCUUCAAUCUGUCGCAGUUCCAUAUUAUAGGCUUCAGUCUUGGCGGACAAACGGCUGGCUUCAUAGGCGAUUAUGUCAAAUCUGGGAAGUUGGAUAGAAUUACUGGACUAGAUCCUGCAAUGCCAUUGUUUGUCACCACCGACAACAACAAGAAAUUAGACAAAGGAGACGCUAAAUUUGUAGACGUUCUUCAUACGAAUGCUCUGGAGAAGGGAAAAUUGGAAGCCAGCGGACAUAUUGACUUCUAUGCUAAUGGGGGAAUCACACAGCCUGGCUGCAAAGCUACUAAAAAUCAAACAAAAUCAGGCUGUAACCACGCCAGAGCGCCGCAGUACUAUGCAGAGUCCAUAAUUACUGACGUAGGGUUUUAUGGAACCAAGUGCUACUCCUGGAUCAUCUACAUGAUCGGCUGGUGCGAGAUGUUCAACUCUAAGGACGAAGUCAUUUUCGGUGAAUAUGUGCCUCAAAAGUAAGUUUCACACGUUAUACUAAUAU